ACAGGGUCUGCCCAUUAUUUUGUGUCAUAGAACGCUACAUUGCCUCAUGAGCCUGAUGGUUAUAACUGAUGCAACAUAGUCAGAUACUUCUUGUAAUUGUUGGUUGACACUGAGGAUUGCUUAGAUACUUCUUAGUGGUGAAAAAAUUCCAUAUCCUAGACGGUGUCGUACUGGCAGACCUCCUAUGGAAACUGAUAUCAUAUUUGAGAGCCGUGUGGAGAAGCCAUUACCAAUAUAUGUUCCUAGGGACGAACAAUUCGAGGAGUCAAAGGCAGGAACAUUCUCUUUCUGCGGGCUAAAAGCAGUUCUUCACAACUUGCUACCAUCUUUAACAGCCAACAUCUCCUCUAAGCAUGAUUUCACCGGGUUCAAGCACCUUGACAGUCUCUUCAGUGAGGGCUUGCUUCUUAACCUUGGUUUUCAUGACGAACUGCCACAAGUUGUUCACAAAAUCCAGUCAACGAGUCAGGGCUUACUCAAAUUCGAUACCCCAGUUAUUAUUUCUAUUGUAAAAUUUUUCUAA